CGGUCAAUACGAACGUCACUGCCACGGCGUCGUUUUCUUCACCCGCACAGCGAUGACAGAGAGACCGAACCUUUUUGAAAUCCUGUAACGGCUGGUUUCUGAGUUUCCAUUUGCCAAAUAUUGCCUUCCAUGGCCUCAAAGCUUAUCAGGUUUCUUACACUCUCUUUCUCUCUCAUUCCAAAUACAACUCAUCAGCUUUUACUUUAUUUGUCUCAGUUGUCAUGAAAAUUCAUGAACCAAACCCAGAAAAUUCAAAGCUGUACUUAGGAGGAAUCAAUUGCUUACCUUUUUAAUGACGGUCCUCCACGUUUUUGUUACUCUACGAACAAUGCCAACACGUGUGCUAUCGGGAAUCUUUUCUUCCUCCAGCACUUCCAUAUUAAUACCUCCCUUCCUUGUCCAAUUUAGCACUAGAGACCUCAAUUUCUAUAGACGAAGUUAAAACUUUGGUGACAAUGGCUGGUGCUACGAAGCUUCAACAAUCACUGCAGGAAAGCUAUGUUCUUCGCAUCCCAAAAACUGAAAUUGAUGUUAAAAUUGAGGACAAUGCUCCAGCUCCUCCAGCUCCUCCAGCUCCUCCAGUUCCUCCAGUGAGUCCUGAGCGUCCUGAUGUCUGGACGGAGUGGAGGCAGCAACGGUGGAAGAGUACUUUAAGCAAAGAAGAGUUGAAACAGUGCUGUUUACGCUGCAAGGAGAUAGGGCACAAUUAUCAGCAUUGCCCUUAUCCAAUCAUUUAUGUUGAGGUUCAAGAUGAAAAUGGGGGUCCUGGUUGGGUGAAGCCAGUGGUUUGGCAACCUCCGAAAGGCAUAUACAGAUGCAGUCGUUGUGGUCGACGUGGACACAACCGUCGCACUUGUCAUGGACCUGUUUUCUAUUGAAUGGGUUGUUUGUCUUGUCUGCAAUG